UGCAUGACAUGCGUGAUGAACAACGUUCAUGUUUGCCUGUCAUUUCUGUUUAGUUUUGUAAAGAAAUUCUUCAUUUGUGAGGUUGGUGCAUGUACAAAAUGAUGUAAUGGUGUGGCCAUUUUUAUUAGCACGUUGACGCCGUAUGACCAAACAUGCUGUUUGUUUCAUCACAGUUGUGUGUGACAUCCUUUUGCAGUCACUGAGUGGGACAUGUGAGAACUUUCACGCACUCACACUGUACAGGCUUACAGGUGGUCAAAUGAUGGCACAUUUUCGAUACCGAUGCUCACUCUCUAUCAUCCUCUACUUGAUACUGUUUACAGCAGUUGCCACGGUCACCUUCUUGGUGAUGCAGAUGGUCUCAUUAAACGGAGGAAUUCCCACCAACAGUGAAAGUCCUGGUAAACUUGUCGCAAAGGGUCUCCAGAUGGAAAUCAGAAUCCUGCCAACGCAAAGUAAUAACAGUGACUAUCUACGACUGCUAAAAGACAAGGUUCUAUCUCACGUAAUCAACACCAACGUGGAUAUGCCGAAGUUACCGAUUGUCUACCUCGACAAGGAUAUCAAAAACAUUUCUAAAAUCACUAGUCAAGGUUUUCGAAUCCCUCGUAUUAUUCAUCAGACUUGGAUAAAUUAUGAUAUUCCAGCAAAAUUUGUUGAAUUGGUUAAAACGUGGCACCAAGUCAAUCCUGAAUGGGAGUAUUGGUUCUGGACGGAUAACGAUGCCGACGCGUUUAUCAAAAUGAAAUAUCCGCAGCACUACGACAUGUAUAAGAGAUACCCGCAGAAUAUACACCGUGCAGAUGCAAUGCGUUAUUUCAUUCUGCACGAGUUUGGUGGAUUGUAUGCUGAUAUGGACAUGGAGGCUCUGAAACCCUUUGAUUACCUGUCUCAUGAACAUAACUGUGUCAUUGCUCAAGAACCCUGGCUGCAUACAGUGAUAUUUUGGCACAAAACACGGCUUGCGUGCAAUGCUUUAAUGGCCGCUAGGCCAAAGCAUCCAUUCUUUAGUCUGGUCUUGGAACGUUUGCCAUCGAAUGCAGCACGAGGUGGUAAGGGCGAGGUCAUGGAUAAAACUGGCCCAAAAAUGAUUGAUCGCUUAGUUACAGAGUAUGAAAGAUCGAAGAAAAACAGCUACACAGAAAGCGAAACGUUAUAUUUAGGGAAUCCAAAUACCUUUUUACCAACUGUAGCACAAAAUGCACUGAGUUUAGCCAAAGAGAAAUGUGGGUCAAAACAGCCAAGUGCACUUGCGCAGAAAAUUUGUGAUCAGAUGAAAAGGGAGAAUUAUGCAAAUAAGCCUCCUCCUGAGGCCGUGACUGACCACAAGUGGGUUCAUACGUAUUAUGGAAUUGAUAAGAACCAAUCACAAAAUUUAUUCAAACUUGUGCCGCAUGCAAAAAAUAUAAAAGAGAUGCUGGAAAAAAUGGCAAACGGGAGUAACUUAUGACGAAAGGAACAGAUCUAGCUCUCUCCUUUGUGUGGUUUAGUGAGUACUUUUGUGUACUGUAAGCCCCUUUAUUUCUGCGGCCCUAAAUGUGUGCGAAAACAUGCUUUUCCUACAGUUUACAGUAUUUCUGCUUAUGGGCGCACUAGGGUGCAAGAUCUACAUUGUAUUUGAAUCGCAGAAAAGUUCUGUUUGACAUGUUUUCAACAUACUGUGUAGACGCUAUAAGUACAAGUCUUUGAAAAUUAUAAGUGUUUAUUGUACCCAAGGUGGCACAUGGUGUACAUAUCAAUUCGAGUAGUGCUGGCUGGUGAUACUUGGAACAUCAUUGAUAACAUCUAACAGUGGAACCUUCCUCAGCAGUCACCUCUCUAUUAAGGACACCACUCCGGAGGGUGUCCUUUUGAUGGAGAGGUUCUAUAGUAUUAUGUAUGCGUGACCUGUGAUUAUGAGCAAGCAACAAUCAAUUUUAUAUACUUUGUUUUCAGAAAUGUCCAGUUUGAAGUUUUGUUUGUCUAAGAAAGAGGCAAACUUCUGGUUGUCUUUCAUAUUUUGAUGUGAAAAAAUGCUCAAGUAUGUAUUUAAAUACGAUAUGAAAACCCACCAAAGAGGCUAAAUUUGAAUUGCUACUGCAGUAUCAUUGUAUGUUUUAAGAACACCCUUCAAAAGAGUAAUUUUUAUCACUGUAAAUUGUGUCCAAAACGUGAUGUUUUUCUGAAUUAAAUAGCUUUGUAACAUAAA